GACUCUCCACAGAAAUGGCCAUGUUGGGAAAAGUGUGACAUUCAUUUGCUCAGACUGGAACGUUUGGACUAAUACAGAAAAUAAUGUUAAGUAUCUUUGUCAAAGUCCAUGCUCAAAAGACAAAGACAUCAUCAUCAAAGCAGCAUUUGGAAAGACUGAACGUAAGGACAGAAUAUACUUAACUAACACACGACAAGGUUUAAAUGUGACCUUCACUAAUCUUCAGAAGUCAGACUCCAAAAAAUAUAUUUGUGGAUUGGAGAGAUUUGGCCCUGAUUCAUAUAUAGAGAUGCAUCUUCAAGUUACAGAUGAUCCCACAACAACUGCUAAAAGUACCACUGUUGGGUCUACGGUGCCACUGUCUGUUCUGAACAGCUUCAUUAUGUCUUCAAGCACCUCGGAUAUUAUUACUGACAUGUUUACGUCGUACACCACCCUUCAUACAACAACAGCUACUGGAUCAACAACAGCAGGAGCCGGUGUACCAUAUUUAAUUAUAGGCUCCAUUGUUAUAAUAACCAUACUGAUGGUCGUACUGAAGCUAACGAGGAAGAUGAUGAAGAAACAACAGACUUCAAAUUCUGAUGGUCAACAAGAGGACACACAAGGGAGUGCAGGUCCUGAUGAAGUCUACCAAUCACUCCACUUUUCUAAGGAGGAUAAAGACCAAGUCUACAGCACUCUCACACCCUCCAAAAGAAGUGCAGGUCCUGACGAAGUCUACCAAUCACCCCACUUAUCUAUGGAGAAUAAAGACCAAUUCUACAGCACCCUCACACUCUCCAAAAGAAGUGCAGGUCCUGAUGAAGUCUACCAAUUACUGCACUUAUCUAUGGAGAAUAAAGACCAGGUCGACAGCAAUCUCACACUCUCCAACAGAGAAUGGCACACUUCUUAACUACUUCACAACUUUGAAUGAUCAAUGCAGCAGGGGCUAUUGCAUCACUAUCAAAUGAAUGGUGAUAUGGUGUAUUGGAAGAUAAGAAUGUAAAAAAGAAAUGGCUUAAGUUUAUUGUUUCAUUGCACUAAAUGAAAAAUAAUGUUCAGUUUUCUUAAGCAAAGAUUUAUUCAUUUUUUUUUAUUCUGGGCUGUAUCUACUAACCAUAAUGCCGCUGUGGUUCACUUUGGAAACAGAUGCAGCUCAUUUAACAUACAGGAUGUUGCACAAAUUGUGUGUGUGUGUGUAU